UCACAACGAGUUCGUCUCUCGAGUUUCAUUCACAAAGCUGAUUCCAUUUUCCGUCAGGAUCUCUUCGCAUCAACAACUAGGCAAAUCUCUGCUCUGCUUCUCUCAAAAUUUGUACUUUUUUAUCCUCUCCCAAGAUACGGGCAACAUCUCAACUCACUCACAACCUACCUCAAGAGGAACUUGGGUGCGUGAAUCUGCCGGGAAUUUGAGACAAGUGCAAGGAAUGUGCCGAAACUGCUCGAGACCGGUGCAAUACCGGUAUUUUGACAUUUGCUCAAGAACGUGGAUGGAUUUUGAAAUGGAACAAUUUGGCCAUGCCACACAUUACAUUUGCUUGCUUUGUGACAGUUUUUGACGGACGUACAUAAAAGUGAAAACAUUUAACUAGUGCAAUUUUUCGAGUAAUACAAUAUAUUUACCUUUCUUACAUAUUUUUCUUUCGGCACUAAUUUUUGAAGGUCAGUAUGUUACUUCAGAAGUAUACACAGAAUCACUCGUGAUGAUAAAACUCAUCUGCUAACGGAAUAAUAGGCAUGAGUGAAAGGUGUUCCUCCUGGAGAGUGAAAGUGACUUUCUAGUUCAAGCGAACCUAACUGAUAUUGAUUAACAUCAAUUAUAAGAUGCAGGAAAAUAACGCCCCACAAGCCGUGCCUCAGCCCCCACCCACGGAUGAACAUAUCUCAGAGUCUUCUUCCCCCAUCUCCAGUGGUGUUCAUCAGGUAAUCACAGUUUCCUCACCGACAUCCAUCCAGGAAGUCUCGGAAGCAACAAGCCCAAUAAGUCAGAAAAAUUGUCACUCUGCUGUAAUCAUCCCGACGACGACGACACGUGGAGACAGCAUCGACGCUCGGGCAUCGGGCCUCGACGGUGGGGAUAUUCGUGGAGGGGAGCCCCUUCGUGGGAGUGGCUUCAACUUGCGCCGAGGUUCCUCCUCCGAGUCAAUCCCUGAGUCUCACGUGUACACCGUUCCCAUCAAAUAUCGGAGUGGAGUGGGAUCUUUCGAGGACCAUGUCGCCUGUGGUUUCGCAAAACUCCUUUCUUCUUCUUCCGAGCUCUCCGAUGUCACCAUUGCGUGCGAGGGGAAACUCAUUAAAGCUCACAAGCUGGUCCUGGCCAUCUCAAGCCCAUACUUCCGCCAGAUCUUUGAGGAAUUGCAUGAUUUUCCCUGCCAGCACCCAGUCGUGAUUCUUCACGGGGUUAAACUCAAGGAUUGGGAAAAUAUUAUGAGGUUGAUUUAUUGUGGAUCAUGUCAUGUCAGCUCAACGGAAAUUGAUGAUUUCAUGUCAACGGCAGAAUGCCUCAAAAUUGACGGACUUGCAGCCGAAGACCGUGCCUCAUCAUCUCAGGAAGAGACCACUCCCCCAUACGAGUACUUUAACCGACUAUCGGCCAGUGAAUUUCAGUCCCCAGAAGACAUGAGUGCACGUAGGAUGGAGUACGAGGACCAGCAAAGGAGAAGUCGCUCAUUCCCAUCAUAUUCCCCUCAUGAUUUCAGCACUGCCAAGGACUACAGUUGUGACCGUGGAGGAGGAGGGGUCAGUCCUGACUCUAACCACAGGGAUGAUGGGAACCCUGAUGCUGUCUUCUCUGAACAGGAAUCCCUGCUCAUCAGAUGUCGUAGGCAAGGAAGUUCCGGCUCCCUCGGAGUCAUCUCUUCUGCUCAGUCAAGUCCUGGAAUAGGAACUCAAUCUGUUAACCGGGACACCUUAGUAAAAGUAGAGACGAACGAAACGUAUUCGCAUGGCGAUUCUUCGCAAGAAGACGCUCCAAUACCUUGUCCGGCAGAAGGGUUAAGAGGAUACUCACAACCAGCUUCUCCAGCAGAAUCUCGAGUACAAGCAGUUAGGCAUCCAGUAAUUUCGAGACGGCAUCGUGAUGCAUCAUCCGAGUCAAUUGAUGACCCAUUUGAGGUUGCAUCUCAAACUAGCUCAGGAGGAUUCCUCCCAUCGUCGAGGAUGGUAAUAACCUCUCGGAACGGAAGGCCCUCACCUUAUCCGUCAGGUUGGGGAGAGCACAGAAGCCUGAGUAAUUCCAGUGAACGUGACGCUCUCGUAAUUGAUGACGCCGAGCGCCACUUUCCCACUGUUUUAAGUGGACAACAAUCUCCUGUUCAACAAUCAAUAAUGUCCACGACAUCCACGGGUCAAGGGGUCACGACUCGGUAUCCAUUGUCCGUGAUUUCACGUCAACCUCCGGCAGCCAUUCCCCUCCAGCAAAUUCUUAGCCCCACAGCUGCAGGAUUUCUUCACCGAAUGCCGCAGUUGCAUUUACUUGCUCAAGGUCAAAGGUCCCCACAUGACCCUCAUCCCUCCCUGAAUACGGGUGGUGGCGUCAUAACCACAGUUCCUUCUCCUCAUUCGUCUCCUCAAAACCAUGAUCACCACCAACAGUCUGCGUUAGCAAUACUUCGAGCAAAAAUUGCUUCAGGACAGCCAAUUUAUUCACGAGGAUAUAGAUCUGAUAGGCAAAAUCCACUUUCCAACCCCUUCAAUUUGCCUAGGUUUCCCUCAGUUUCUGGCACCCAACUAAGUCCUCAUAAUCAUAUGGCUGGUCCAUCAAGGUCCAACAUGUUUAUACCAACGUCCAUGACUAUGGCGGCGGUUCACCAUCAACAUCAACUUCAGCAAUCCGUUCCGCAAUCCGCAAGACCCAAGACUAAAGCUAUCCGCAGCUCUCAAGUCCCACAAUCUGCUCGUUACACUGCAGCCGAGGUGGACUCGAUGGUUGACAAGGUUCAAAAUUUUCCAGGCAACAUGGUCCCUUGUGCAAUUUGUUCAAAAUUCGUUAAACGGGAACGGCUUCGUGCACACAUUCACGAAUGUCAUUUGCUGCAUGGAAAGAAAAUCGUGUGUCCACAUUGCGGAAUUGGGCUAAAGUCUAAAGGGAGUUACAGGGUACACAUUUGGCGACACAAGCGAGGGGCACUUCCAGCGGGGAGGCAGCAACGUCAUUCUGAUUCCCAUCCAGAAUCGCAGAAUCCACACUGACAACUAAAUAGAGGAGAUCACCACUUUAAUAGAGCUGUUGUUUUAUUGUACUUUUAGAUUCAUUUACAUCAAUGAAAUGUACCUACUCGUAUGUGUACGUGUGUUCACCGUAUAAUUAAUUUACUGCUUCAAUCAACAAUAUUCGUAUAUAUUUACUUAACCGUCGUUAUGAUCAUAUUUAACUUUUGCCGUAUGUACAGAUAUACGUACCAAAUGACUGCUUACAGUUCAGCCAGUCAGUGGCAUAGUGCUACUUUAAUACUAGUGAUGAUUCCGUAUUAAUUGUGGAACUUGGAGAAACAUUUUGUGAUAAAUGCAUGCAUUUAUCAAUAUUUUGGCAAAUUGGAAAAAUAGUCUUGUGGCAUGCUAAAUAAUUAUUUACCUGAAUUCAUUAUACUAUAUUUUGAGGGAAAUUUGCACACAAUGUUUUAAAAUGGCACAUGCAAAUCAUUUUUUAAGAGCAUGAUUUACAUAUGUAUGAAUGUAUGUAGUUGUACACAAAGUUAAUGAUGCUACGGAACUAGUUUUUCAAAUGCUUAAAUAAUUAAACUGUAAAAUUGACGAUGAGGAUGUUUGUUAAAGAUCAUAAGAAAACUGGAAUGAAGAUUUUAUUCACAAUCGUCAAUCGUGUAGUUUAGAAAUUAUCAAAGUCCAAAAUUUAUCUGAAGCAAAUGAAUUUGAAACAUCAUCCAAUUAUAACCUUCCGUCCGAGGAUAUGUAAUUAGUUAUACCCAAAAAAAUCUACUAUUCAUAUGUAACGAAACGAUAUAUGUACCUACCAGUGAUUGAUAUGAUUGUUUGAUAUGAUUAAACUGAGUUUUUAAUCAGCACGAGUUUGUGAAUUGGACUAGGAAACUUCUGUCCACUAUUCUAGUUGUUAUUGUAUUUAAAUGUUAUUAUUGUUACAAAUAUGUAAUUAUCAAGUCAUUAUCGCGUGCUUUGUAUUGGGUACCAUUUCAUUUCGUUAGUCACUAAUAUCAAUAUAAUGUUUGUCAUAAUAAUUUUUAAUACUAAAUGCUACCAGGUCAUUUUAACUGUGCAUUUUAAUGUAGUUUAGUUUAAUGUUGUGAUAGCAUGGAAGGGACUGGUGAACUAAUUUAAUUUAUAAUUGCAUUUUAGUCAUUUUAUGAGGUGUUUUAAAGUCAGACUGUCAUUCAUAAUAGUAUACAAGACAAUGCUAAUGAGCAUUGAUUUUUGUACUCACUAUGCUACAUUGUGAACGCUUAUUAAAUUACAAUAGUCUAAAUAAAUAUAUAUAAUUUAUUAAUUAUUAUUUAAAUUAAUGUUUCUACUCUGCACUUCUAAUGUUGAACAAUAAAUUAUUAUUAUUCAAA